AUGAGUUUUGGGGAUUUGAUCAAGACUAGUAGCAGCAGCGACAGUGGUGGUAUGGGUGCAAGGAUUGUUGUGGCUGAUAUUGUUCCACCCAGCAACAUGCUAAGUGGUGCCAUUGUUGAGCCACCUCUUCUCACCCAACAUAUUCCCAAAUCUAUGCAAAGCUCUCCUUCCCUCUCUCUCUCCUAUAAAAAAAUGGAUGCUCAUGGUGAGAUGGGGCUGAUUGGGGAAAAUUUCGAUCCGAGUUUAGUUGGGAGGAUGAAGGAAGAUGGAUACGAGAGUAGGUCUGGAAGUGAUAAUUUUGAAGGUGCAUCCGGUGAUGAUCAGGAUGCUGCUGAUGAUGGACGGCCUAAGAAGAAGAAGUACCAUAGGCAUACUCCACAUCAAAUACAAGAGCUUGAAUCUUUCUUCAAGGAGUGUCCUCACCCUGAUGAAAAACAAAGACUGGAACUCAGCAGGAGGCUAGCCUUAGAGAGCAAGCAAAUAAAAUUUUGGUUUCAAAACAGGAGAACCCAAAUGAAGACCCAAUUGGAACGCCAUGAAAAUGUUAUUCUUAGACAAGAAAGUGAUAAACUUAGAGCCGAGAAUGAUUUGUUGAAGCAGGCCAUGAGUAGCCCAAUAUGCAACAGUUGUGGUGGUCCAGCAGUGCCCGGUGAAAUAUCUUAUGAACAGCAUCAACUUAGGAUUGAAAAUGCUCGAUUAAAAGACGAAUUAAAUAGGAUUUGUGCUUUAACAAACAAGUUCUUGGGCAGGCCUCUCUCGUCCUCAGCCAGUCCUAUUCCUUCCCAGGGCUUAAACUCCAAUUUGGAGCUUGCAGUAGGAAGAAAUGAUUUUGGUGGCUUGAACAAUGCAGGCACUACAUUGCCAUUGGGAUUUGAUUUUGCUGAUGGGGCUAUGAUGCCUUUAAUGAAAACUAUGGCCAAUGAAAUGCCAUAUGACAGGUCAGCCUUUGUAGAUAUUGCUUUGGCAGCUAUGGAUGAAUUAGUUAAGAUGGUGCAGAUGGAUAGUCCCCUUUGGAUCAAAGGCUUGGAUGGUGGGAUAGAAACCUUGAAUCAUGAGGAGUAUAGAAGGACUUUCUCCUCUUGCAUUGGCAUGAAACCAAGUGGCUAUGCAACUGAGGCUACAAGGGAAACUAGCCUGGUUUUUCUCCGCGGCUUGGCUCUUGUAGAGACGCUAAUGGAUGUGAACCGUUGGGCAGAAAUGUUUCCCUGCAUGAUUUCAAGAGCAGCAACCAUUGAUGUGCUAUCCAGUGGUACAGGUGUAACCAGAGACAAUGCAUUGCAAGUGAUGGAUGCUGAAUUUCAAGUGCUUUCACCUUUGGUUCCUGUUCGUCAAGUGAGAUUCCUUCGGUUCUGCAAGCAGCAUACGGAGCGUGUGUGGGCUGUGGUUGAUGUCUCUAUUGAUGCUAGCCAAGAUGCUGCAACUACACAGAUGUUUCCAAACUGCAGGAGACUUCCUUCUGGUUGUGUUAUCCAAGAUAUGGACAAUAAGUACUCCAAGGUUACAUGGGUUGAACACUCAGAAUAUGAUGACGGUGCUGUCCAUCAUCUCUUGCGGCCAUUACUCAGUUAUGGUUUUGGCUUUGGUGCACAUAGGUGGCUUGCCACUCUUCAAAGGCAAUGUGACUUUGCUGUACUAAUGUCCCCCAACAUCCCGGGUGAAGAAAACACAGGAAUAACUCCUGCUGGGAGGAAAAACAUGUUAAAGCUGGCACAGCGCAUGACCUAUAACUUCUGUGCUGGAGUUUGUGCUUCAAGCGUGCAUAAGUGGGACAAGCUCAGUGUUGGUAAUGUGGGUGAAGAUGUAAGGGUGAUGACCCGGAAGAAUAUAGAUGAUCCUGGUGAGCCUGCUGGGGUUGUGUUGAGUGCUGCUACUUCUGUUUGGAUGCCCAUAACACAGCAAAGGCUGUUUGAUUUCUUGCGAGAUGAACGGAUGCGGAGUCAGUGGGACAUUUUGUCCAAUGGUGGGCCAAUGCAGGAGAUGGUCAAAAUUGCCAAGGGCCCCGGACAUGGCAACUGUGUCUCUCUCCUUCGUGGCAGUGCCAUUAACGCAAAUGAGAACAACAUGCUAAUUUUACAAGAAACAUGGAGUGAUGCCUCUGGUGGAAUAGUAGUCUAUGCACCUGUUGACAUAUCAUCAAUUAGUGUGGUGAUGAAUGGUGGUGAUUCGGCUUAUGUGGCACUCUUACCAUCAGGAUUUGCAAUUCUUCCUGGUAUUUCACCUAGUUACCAUGGUGGGCAAAGCAACUCUAAUGGACCUUUGGUGAAACCUGACAUUGAUGGGAGUAUAAGUGGUGGAUGCUUGCUUACAGUUGGAUUUCAGAUUUUGGUGAAUAACCUUCCUACGGCUAAGCUAACAGUGGAGUCAGUUGAAACUGUUAACAAUCUCAUCUCCUGCACAAUUCAGAAAAUCAAAGCUGCCCUCACAGUUACAUAGCUGGAGCCGCUGAGCCUGAGAAAGGGGUUGCUUAAGAAAUUUAUAUUUAUAUUUUUGUGCUUUUGUGAAAGGAAAAAGUAAAAAAGAAGAAGAUAGAUUUGUGGAAAGUAUAGGAGAUAAUGAGAUAAUAGAAUGGGAAAGGAAAUGAAGCUUGAGAUGGUAGUUUGGGUAAAUUAGGUUUCAAGUCAAGAACGAACCGCUCGUGGAGAAAUUUGUUCUACCGUGAAUCUUAGCAGAAUGGUACUUGCAUCAUACUGAACGGUGCACAGUGGGAUUGUGGUUCGGGCAUUGACUUGGUCGACCUGUGAGAUUCUCAACUCUUUAAAUUCUCAGUUGGUAAACUUUGUUUUGUUAAUGUAGUCCAAGUUAUAGAGAAACACAAAGAUAGACAUUGCAAGACUGGUCUUGAUUUUUGUGUCUUCAAUUUUAUCAAUAUCUUGCCCCAGCUGUCUUUUACUUGUUUACAGGCGGGUUUGAAUAUUUUUAUCAUAUGCUAUGACCUUGGAAUCUUAACACACAGGGUCCCGACCUCUGCUUUUGUU